GUGUAAACAAAGCAAUUAAUAUUUUUACAGAAAUUCCCUUUUAAAAGUAGUAAUUUGUAUCACCCAUUUCAGUUUUGUCCGGAUCGGCUCAGUUGUCCUUGCCCUGCACGAUGCAAGUGAUGUCUUCAUGGAAGCUGCAAAAGUUUUUAAAUAUUCUGAGAAGGAGCUUGCAGCAAGUGUGUGCUUUGGAUUUUUUGCCAUCUCAUGGCUUGCCCUACGGUUAAUAUUCUUUCCCUUUUGGGUUAUCAGUGCAUCAAGCUAUGAUAUGCAAAAUUGCAUGAAUCUAUCGGAGGCCUAUCCCAUGUUGCUAUACUAUGUUUUCAAUACAAUGCUCUUGACACUACUUGUGUUCCAUAUAUACUGGUGGAUUCUUAUAUGCUCAAUGAUUAUGAGACAGCUGAAAAAUAGAGGACAAGUUGGAGAAGAUAUAAGAUCUGAUUCAGAGGACGAUGAAUAGGCGGAAGAUUUUGUUCAAUUUUUUUGGUUCUCACCAGAGGGGGAAAUCACUUUGACUUGUUUGUAGGUUUGUCUCAUGAGUUCAAUUGGUUAUUACCCAUAGGAAAGGGUUAAAGAAUUUAAUGUAUUCCUAAUUUAUCUUCAAAUAUUCUUGGAAUAGAGAAAAAAAAAAAAAAGAAAGAAAGAAAAGGGGUUAGGACCAUUAAGCAUUUCUUUUAUAUAUUUUCCUUGCUGUACAAAUAAUAGGCAAUUCCUGUAUAAUUUUUUCUGGAUGAUUUCUUGUCCUGAGAUUUGUCUUUCUGUGAGUAAAAGGGGAAAAAAGAACCGGCCAUUAAAAUAUUCCUUU